CCAAGAACGUGACGGUUGAAUAUCGCUGCAAGUGGAAGUCGAGGGGACCUCCGAUCAUCAAGUCUAGAUGUCAUGAUGCCGGCUUAUUGGCAGUGGCUUUUGGUUGGCCUCCUCCUGUUGAUUCCGCACCAUUCAGGGGCGGCCUCCAAGAGAGUGAAACUAUGCCUGCAGCCCAUGAUCAGUGGUCGGUGCUUUGGAUACGUUGAGAGCUAUGCCUACAAUCCCAUUAAGCGCCAUUGCGAACCCUUCAUCUACGGCGGAUGCGGCGGUAAUGACAAUCGAUUUAGUACCAAAGCUGAGUGCGAGUUCAACUGCCGUGAUAUUUGAGAAUGUCAACUGAAAUGUCACAGUUACAAUAACUACGAUUGAAAUUAAAAACUACAAACUGGUGGUUAUGUUUCCAAAUAUUCUAUGUUGUGUUAUUGAGGCAACAUCCUAGAUAUUCAUUCAAUCUUAGGGUUAGAGUAUUUCAAACUCCAACUGGAUUUUCAAUGUUUCUUAUUAACAAAAAUAUAUAACAAAAUAAAUUUUAAUUCGAGUAU